CCCACGACUUAUUCCUACGGCGCCGCGGAGUUUGCUGGGUUUUGGGCUGGUGCUGGUUGGGAUACCCUGAGUGGCGAGGCUGGUUUCGAGGGCGCGCGCUUGCUCUUACCCCCCGACAAGACGCGAGAUGUCCACUGCUGGGGCGCUUGGCAUGGAUAGUGUAGAAUUGUCGCUGCUACUGCUACUGCUACUGCUGUCACUGUCAUUGUCACUGUCACUGUUACUGUUUAUCUCAGCGUUGGACCCCCCCGCCUGGUCUUGUUCUUCGUCCUCGGUUUUUUUUCGUUUUUCGCUUCGAGACGCUCGCUCGCUUGUACGCUUGUUAUGGGGUUCUGUGGCUUUGGGAGGUGCGAGGUCGAACGCAUGCUUCGGCAGGUCCGAUGGGUUAGGUUGGUUGGGGUGCGUGGCAUGUACGAUAUGAUGGUUAAUCCAAUGGAACAGUGAUUUGUACCGAAUG